AUGAAGCGCUGCCUCACCUCUCUUCUGGUGUUGUCCCUGGCGUGCGCCGCACUGGCCGCGCCCGCGCUGCGCGCCGGCGGCAUCACGUCCGAGGCGGCAGAGGCGGCGGCCGCGCCCGCGCGCGCGCUGCUUUCCGAGAAGAAGGCCGCGGCCGUCAAGGCGGCCGCCAGCCAGAAGAACUUCCCCGGCGGCUUCGGCGGCGGCUUCAGCAACGCCAACGCAGCCGCCAACGCCGAGUCGUUCGACUUUGGCGAUGACUACGGCGGCGGCUGGGGCGGCCCCAGCGGCUGGGGCGGCCUCACGCCGGUCGCUGCCAACGCCCAGGCCUUCACCAACGCUGGCUUUGGCGGCUUUGGCGCGCUCUCCAGCAGCAACGCCGCGGCCAACGCGCAGACCUUCAGCCAGGGUGGCGUGAGCGCCGCCAAGGCCUCCGCCCAGACUUUCAGCAGCGGCGGUGGCUUUGGCGGUGGCGCCAGCACCGCCAGCGCCUCUGCCUCCUCGUCUUCCCUGGGCGGGGGCGGCGGCUGCUGGGGUUGCGGCGGCGGCUUUGGCGGCUUUGGCGCGAGCCGCGCCAACGCAGCUGCCAACGCGGUGGGCGGUGGCUUUGGCGGCUUUGGCGGGUUUGGCCGCCACCUGCUGAGCCUGCUGAAGCUGUGA